AUGUUUUGGAAACUUUCUCUCUCCUUGUUCCUGGUGGCAAUGCUGGUGAAGGUGUCUGAAACCCGGAAGAACCGGCCCCCAGGAGCCAUACCAUCCCCCUACAAGGACAGCAGCAGCAACAACUCCGGAAGGUGGCAUCUUCAGAUGAAAGAAGUGCUGGCUUCUAGCCAGGAAGCCUUAGUCGUCACUGAGCGCAAAUAUCUGAAGAGUGACUGGUGUAAGACCCAACCUCUGAGGCAGAUAAUCAGUGAAGACGGUUGCAAGAGCAAGACCAUCCUCAACCGCUUUUGUUAUGGCCAGUGCAAUUCCUUCUACAUCCCUCGGCACGUGAAGAAGAAUGAAGAGUCCUUCCAGUCUUGUGCCUUCUGUAAGCCCCACCGGGUCACUUCUGUACUGGUAGAGCUAGAGUGCCCGGGGCAGGUCCCUCCUUUCAGACACAAAAAGAUUCAGAAGGUAAAGCAAUGCCGCUGCAUGUCUGUGAACCUCAGUGACUCGGACAAACAAUGAAUGGCCACAGUGGCAGGAUGCUGCUCAGCGUUUGGGGCGACCCCUCACCCCACCUCCUGUCAGAUUUGCUGCUGCCUCUAUCCCUUUCCUCUGAGCAGAUUCACGCACUGGCUGAUCCCCUCCCUUUCAGCAGGCAGUUCUCUUGGGGGAAUCAGGUUUCCGUGUCACCGUGACCGGAAAUAGAAGCUUGGCUUAUGUGUUCCCAGGUGCCCCUUGGCAAGAUUCCUGCAUCCAAGACCAGACUGUGAAGCAAGCCCUAAGGAAGAAGAUGGAAAAUAGUCAUCAACCAAAAAGAAAGAAAGAAAUUGGAAGGAUAUUUUAGAUGAUGCACUGUUUUAAAUCCAGCAUUAAUGUUUCCACUGUGUGGGAAAAAAAAAAAAAGGAAAAAGAAAGAAAUAUAUUAUAUCUCCUUCCCAACCCUACACUCCAAUCAUAUCCACGUGAGGUGAAGGAUGCCUCUAUGCCUCACUGUCACUGGAUUUCCCAACUGGGAGCAUUUCACUUUGUGGAUUUCAUGCCACCACUGCUGCCUGAGGCUGUGAUGUAGACAUGCACAUGGUUCAAAUAAAAACAAAACAAAAUUAUGGGGGACUCUCUUGACAAGCCUGAUUGCAAGAAGACGC